AUGUGGCGACCAGGUAAUGCAUACGGUAUUACGCCGGUUAAACGUCGUCUCCGCAUUGUUCACGCGGUGGAGACCAAUCGGGUAUCCCCAGUGUGGAGUAUCGUGCGGGGGAUAUUCUUUUUCGGUGUUGAUUUCGAUGUUCUGCUCUUAUUGUUCUUGACUCCAUUCAUCACGGUCUCCGAGAAAUCCUCCGUGCGAACAAGUUCGCAGUUUUAUCUUGGCGCAAAAGAAGCAAAGGAAGAAGGCAUGAUUCAUCGCCGGCAUAGCCUGGGAAUUAUCACGAUGACGGGAACGCCAUUGAGAAGAGAGCGACACCUGGUCAGGGUCUCCAAAACCCUCCAACUAACCGUUCAGGAACAUAAACAUACCCAUCCCAAUGAUCAAGAUCCAAGAAACCAGCCACCCGGCUUCGCGUGCCACCCUGGGCACCUCCAAUUCCUAUCCCAUCUUCCGUGCGAGUCAGCUUCCCUGCCCCCCACAUUUCGCCCCGACUCGUUGACCGUACGUCAUAAUUACGAGCAACUGCCGGUGUGCUCAUCCACACGCCCUUGA